AUGAGUUCAACUGUCGUUGCAGUAGCUGGAGGUUCUGGUAAGCUUGGGCGUGUUAUUGUCGAAUCCAUCAUCAAAGCGGGUGGGUUUACUGUAUUCGUGCUCUCCCGAGACGCGACCGGAGAUGCAAAACUCCAGGGGACGGACGCGAAGGUAAUCGCCGUUGAUUACACGAAACCAGAUUCCAUCGCCAGAACCUUGGAAGAGAAUCGUAUCGAUACAGUGAUCUCGACACUUGGAUCAAUGUCAGGCACCGACCCUGAGAUGGCCCUCAUCGAGGCUGCCAACAAAUCCGGCAUCACACAACGCUACAUUCCAAGCACAUGGGGAAUCAAGUACACGCCUGAGGUUGCUGAAAUCUUCUCGAUAGCCAAAGGAAAGAUUGCUUAUCUUGACGCCCUGGAAAAGACGUCAUUGCAGUACACAUGUGUCAUCAACGGCUUUUUCCUGGACUAUUAUGUAGAGCCAUAUGUCAAAUCAUACCUCACAGGUCUGACGCUGGCCAUCGAUAUCGCCAACAAGGCUGCUGCUAUUCCAGGGUCGGGUAAUGUUCCUGUUGUGUUCACCUACAGUUUCGACAUCGGCAGAUUCGUGGCUGCUCUUCUUGGCCAAACAUCCUGGGAGAAAGAGUCGUACAUCAUUGGUGACAAGAUCACGCUGAACGAAUUUCUCGCUAUUGCUGAGGAGGCAAGGGGAACAAAGUUCGAGACCACAUAUGAUUCGCUGGAGAAGCUCAGAUCAUACCAAGUCACCGAGCUGCCUGCUCAUCCACCAAUGUACCCAUACUUUCCGAAGCAGAUGCUGCAGGGUAUGUGCGCAGUGUUUGGCAUCUUGUUUGAGGAGGGCUUCUUCGACUUGAAGCCAGAGAACUCUUUGAAUGAUCAAUUCCCGGAGAUAACGACAAGGAAGAUUCGAGACCUGGUCAGCGAGGCUUGGAGAGGUAAAUAGAUGGAGAAUAAGGAGAUUGUACCAAAGGCUUAAUUUCAGGUCGCUAAGCACCCCAUGUUAAGAUAUCCUUUACUAUACUGAGAGGCCGGGGCAAUACCAAGUCAAGCUAUAAGCACAUCCCUA